AUGCAAGGUCCCGGCUCCAUACGACAUAGUGGAGGCAAGUGUAUUCAUGUUUUACUGGACACUUUCAACAAACCCAAAGAGGGACAAUUCCUUGUGACAUACGAAGGAUGUGCAAAAGACAGGCUGGAGUUCCAGCUCUGGCCGAAUGGAACACUGAUGCUUACUAGACAUAGCAUGUGCGUGAAGCCUACUGACCGGAUGACUGAUGGAGUGAAGGUUGGUAAAAAAUUUUAAAUAUAUUUCUAGUUUAGAGAUAUAUUUCUUGUACAAUGUGUUAACGCUGAACGAGAACAAACAGACAUAAUGGGUUAUAAAUAUGGCGUACUUAAUCUCUAACUUUAUUUUCACUGCUUACAUUACCAACAUAUUUACUUACCAUAUACGUACUCUUUUUUUCGAGGUGGGUGUUUUCAGUAGUUGGGAUGCGACAGACACGUGGAGUUGGACUGCCCAAGAAUCACUGCAGUACAAAAAGAAAAUGUGUCUUCAGCCUGAAACUGGAGGGGUGAACCCAAGGAAUGGUAUAAAGCUCGUGCUUGACUCAGUCUGUGAUGAGCGACAAAACUUCUUCGAGUUUGUGCCCAGUAAGUAUCUCUCAGUGCUUUAUAUAACUGGACUAUCUCACGUGAAUUGUCAAGGGGAAAAGUAAAAGGUGAUGGCAAUCUGUAUGUCAUUUAUAUGCCAAAGGAAAGGGGUUGUGAGUCACAUAGUUUUAACUAACUUGAUUUAUAUUGGGAAACUGUAUCAAUUUUAAACUGUUUUAACUUUAUAAUUUGUAUUAGGUAGCUUUUACUCGCCCAAUUCUAUAAACUGUUCUUUGUAGAAAUCCAGUAGAGAUCAUUCCUUAUUUGUUCAGUGUUACUACCGAGUACCUGAGAAAACCUGCGCUGUUUGGUCAAACCAUGGAUAGUGUUUUUAUGAUCCAUGGUCAAACAGAAGCACUCUUCUCACAUUGGAACAAAGGGAAAGUAAAAUCCAACAAAUGUAUAUUGCAGAAAGAAUGUCACAUGCACCAAACACUGUGGCGCUAACACUAUACACAUAGCUUCACUUUCCUGUAGGCUCCCUUAAAUCUAUACUCUCUCCAGAUUUUCAGGCUUAACCAACAUCACGUUUCUCAUUUCAUCCAAUUAAGCAUCUGGUUGGUAUUUAUACAUCGAAGCCUUGCCACCAAGGCAACCGAACGACAAAGCUCGAUUGAUCUCGCCAUCGACAAUAGAGACCAAAUCCUGUCUCCUCUUCUUUUACCACAUGUUCGGCCAUGACAUGGGUAAACUUCAGGUAUUUAUUUUUAUACAUGUAUUUAUUUCUAUUUAUUUACUAACUUUCCCAAACGGUCCACAUGCCAUUGUCAUGGCAUCGGGUGACAGGGUGAACAUACAUAAACAUGGUAUCAUACAUAUACAUCCCUUAUCGGAGUGAAACCUUUGGUGGUGAAGAUUAAUUUGAAGUGAACAAACCUAUAUUAUACAAUAUUUUCUCGAUCUUUGUAGUAUCGAGUACUGUCCAAUCUAUCGCAGAGCCUGAUAUAACAUUCGAAAGUUGGCUGGAAGAUGUCCAACCAAAGUAAACUUUGAUUGGAAACUUCCAAAUUUGGUCGGCCAUUUCUUUAUUUCAUUCUAACUCCCAGCAUCCAUUGUGUAAAGUAUAUCAAUAUAUAAAUAUUACUUUAUGCUAUACACUAUACAGUAUAAUUUAAAAAUAUAUAUAUGUAUAAUUUUAGGUCUACGUGAAAUCUGGGGGUAGGAUGUAUUCAGUGUGGAGUCGUUCUGGAGAGCAAGGUGUCGAAUGGUAUCAAGCACAAGUGGCUGUAAACAAUCAAAUGGCGUUAUAUCAGGUGAGCAUGUAGACCUGUGAGCACCAAAUAUAACUGAAUGCAAAGAUCGCAGAUAUAGAUGGGCAGGGUCUUUGCUAGAAUUUUUGAUUUUGAGAGUGUUUUCAAAUUUCCAGGGUGUGUGCUUGCCAAUUAACCAGAAUAGCCAAAUGCACGGUGUUCUAUUCUUUUCAAAUCAAGGCGCGGAUACGCUUAUAUUUCGCACUGACAUUACAGUCUCGGGAGCAUUUGAAGCCAUUUUAACACCAUAUUUUUCCCAUUAUCUACACAGCUAAAAACGAUCAGGUUGUUGCAAUAUUGAUGAAAACAGUAUUGAACAAUGUUGUGCGGCCCACAUUGUUCACAGUUAUUAACAAUACAAUCUCGUACCCAGAGUUUGCCCGUUCGCAGCAGCUAACCUGCGAACGGGCAUACUCUGGGUACGAAAUUGUCAACAAUAUUGAACAAUAUUGUUACAUCCGAAUUAAGCGAAGGUAACGGCAGACGGUCAUGCCGUCCUGCGACCUUUGUAGCGGGGUGUCACAGAGAACAGGUGUUCGUUUGCUGGAUACGACCUACAGACGACUAUAGAGUGUGAUCCUUUUUCCACUGACUAUCAGUAUGGUGCCGGAAGUCUGCCUUGGCAGAAUUGUCAUGGCAAACUCCUAUUGCUACAAAAAUUCGCCUUAUUAUUACGUUUUUUGUUGUUUUUGCCAUAGCCGUUUGCCAUCUGCCAGUUUUGCCAUAAAUGUUUGGCAGUUUUUGCCUGAUGUUUUCCAAUGUGCCAUUGCGGUCUUGCCUACAAGGCUAGAUCGCUGACUGGCCUUGAUUGAUGUCACCAACUCAGAUACCUUGCCGUUAAACUAGAAACUUUCGUACGACAUAAAUAGGAGGAAAUUGUGUCUGUUGUAAGUAUCAACACUCUAUUUUAAGGAGUGUUGCUAAUAUGGCUUACCAUGGCUACACGGCUUUACAUAAAUACUGAAGCCGUGUUCGUUUUAUCUUGCCGUGUUUUUUUCCCCUUUUUUGAGCGUGAUAACACGGCCAACGGCCCAAAUGGUCUUCUAGCUAAGACCCGGUAGGUGGGUAUAGAAUUAUAAAUACAUGCUUGUUAAAGUGCUAAAUAUUUUUCAAGUCGAUCUACCAGUGAACGGAAACGACCACACUUUUCUACUUUUCUUCCAGUUUGUAAUCGAAGGUGUACGCGGUAAAGGUGACUGGGGAGACAUUGCAAUUGAUGAUAUCUCUCUCAUGGUUUCAUGUCCUCCAAGAGGUGAAUCACUUGUGUACUAAUAGCUCUGUAGGCCGAAGUACCAUCAAUCCGUUGACAAAAUAGAGUAGGAAAGCUGGGUUUCUUCGUAGUUCUCCUUCGGUACCACGUGUAUGUUAUAACAUAUUUUUACCAUUUUAGAAAAUCAAACUAUUAAACCGACUUCGGUAAAUAAUAAUGGAAGUGAAAAGCCGACAACAACAUUUACAGUCUCCACUACAAUUUUACCAUCUCCAACUAUAUAUUGGUCUGAAGGCAAGUGAGGUUUUUGUUAUUACAUAGUGAUGUAUUGUAUAUAGUAAUGUAUACAGUUUUUAUGUAGUUGUUUCGUAGUGCACGGUGAAGCUUGUGGUGUGGAUUGUUUUGUGUAGUGAAGGGAGGAGUGCUAAUCAUCAUUGCUUGUAAGAAGCAUGACCGAUGUGGGAGGCUCUGGCUGCCCAAGGUGGCCAGGUUAAAAUAAAAGGGUUAACUUCUUGAAAACCAGAGUACCUGGAGAAACCCUCGAACCACAGCAGAGGACUAACCACAACUCUACGUACAAACAGAUUAAUUGAGUCAGAUCAGGGUCGCCCAUCAAGCAACAAUACCUGGUCCUCAACCUUCACCAGUAGGCUUAAAUAACUUACUCUUUUAUACUUUUUAUUCACAUAAUCAAUGUGGAUUCAAUUUACCCUAUGCAAAUAAGAAUUUAAAAAAUCUAUUUUUCUGCAGACAAGGGAACGGAUGACUUCAGCAAAAUCAUUAUGAUAGCGAUAACACUAGGUUUUAGCGUAUUUGUUAACAUUGUGCUUAUCGUCUUAUGGAUAAAAUACAAACUACUGAAACGGGCUUCAAAAUUAUCAACUCCUGUCAAUAUUCCAUUGGAGACGAAUGAAAUUUCACCAGAACCAUUGCCAGUUGAUGAGGUAAAUUAUUUAUGGUCAUGGUGUUGGCAACACAGUGAAUGGUUAUUACAUAUGGGCCUCUAGGAAGAACAGUUUUGAAUUGAUAGCGCUAUCCAAUUCAUAUACAAAAAAAAAUUAAUUUAGUUUAGAUUUCUUUCUGUAGUAACACUGGAUCAAUAAGAGAUGACUCUUACUGGGCCUCUAUAGCUAAGAAGAACAGUUUUGAACUGAUAGCGCUAUCUAAUUAAUAUAUAAAAAAAGUUAGUUUAGUUUAGAUUUCUUUCUGUAGUAACACUGGAUCAAUAAGAGAUGACUCUUAUACUGGGCCUCUAGGAAGAACAGUUUCGAACUGAUAGAGUUAUCCAAAAAAUAUAUUAUAGUUUUAGUUUAGGUUUCCCCCCGUAGUAACACUGGAUCAAUAACAGAUGGGCCUCACUCAGAACCUCUAGAACUGAUAGAGCUAUUUAGCAUAAGUAAAGAUACUUUAGCUUGUACUUGAACUUCGAGGGUUUUUCUGACUCCAGUCGUUCUCUCCUUCAUAAAAAAAAACAACUCUUAGAAAUUAGUUGUGAAGCACGUGUCUCGGGUGAAUUGGGCACACACCCUGUGUGUAAUCGUCAUUAAAGAAAUCAUAAUCUUUCUUAUAAAAAACAGGAGGCAUGUCACGAAACUGUCACAAGAGAGUUUUACGAUGACUUCGGCACAAGUGGAAGCGAGUCUGAAGGCCCAUCAGCUGAAGGUCAGUAUAUAUUAUAUCUUGGUUGAAAAGAAACCAAUCUUGAUAACUGGUUUACUGUAUAGCAAGUGUCAAAGUCUCAAUAAUUCACCUUGUAUUUCGAAACUAAUAAAGCUGUCCGGCAGACAUGCUGAAACUCUUGAAAGAACUUUGCUUUGAUCUUGCUGCAUGGUUGACGCGAAUAUAACUCGCGUCUCAGUUCUGGUUUUAUUAUUGAUGUUCACGCAGUGAACAUGACGUUUUAGAUAUAGGAGAUAAGGUUUUGACCAAUCAGCAACGAGGGUUGCAACUGUCGCCUGCCUAUGACUACCAACUCUAGUCAACUUGGAGCUGGUUCAAAUUUUGAUGAGAGUUUUUGCUACGCGCGCUAAUAUUCAGUCAAAUCUCGUCAACUGUCAAUCUCGUUCCCCGAGCCUGCGAUCCUCGGGAAGGAACGUGAGGCUCUGGGAUAAUUGAACUGCGCAUUCCAUAUCAACAGCCAAUCAGAGUCCUCUCCGAAACGGAUUAUCCCAGAGCCUCGCGUUCCUUCCCGAGGAUCGCAGGCUCGGGGAACGAGAUUGGUCAACUGUCAGCACAACCUCGUAUCCAGGCGCCUCGCUGGAGGCCCUCCCGAGCUUGGGCCUGAGGAUCAGAAUGGGUCUUUGCUCCACGAUAGUUGAGAAAAAUCUCGUGCGGACUCUCGCUUCUCAACUCUCUUCUUUGUUUGACCAGGGCUUUAUAAUAAACAUCAGGGGCCACGUAACGAAACUGUCGCAAGCGUUCAUCGAGAGUUUUACGAUGACGUCGACACAAAUGCAAACGCGUCUGAAGAAUUAUCAUCCGAAGGUCAGUAAUAUCACAGAUGAGAUUAUUAUCUAAAUAUAUAUAUAUAUAUAUAUAUAUAUAUAUAUAUAUAUAUAUAUAUAUAUAUAUAUAUAUAUAUAUAUAUAUAUAUAUAUAUAUAUAUAUAUAUAUAUAUAUAUAAUAAUAUAUAAUAAUAAUAAUUCAGUUUCUUUGAACGUAUAUGUAGUGAAGAGUGCUCAAUAUUACAAAAUAGAGCGAUUUAUUAAUACUUAAAAUGUUUUUGUUGCUACUCCGAGUUUCAUGCCGUAAAGGCAAUCAUCAGGCAACAGUUUUUGCUUCUGAAUGUCAGUUUGUUGAUGUUUGCUGACGAUACUCGCUUGCUUAUGCAUGUACAUAAUUUCAUAAAUUGCGCGCGUAUAUAUAUAUAUAUAUAUAUAUAUAUAUAUAUAUAUAUAUAUAUAUAUAUAUAUAUAUAUAUAUAUAUAUAUAUAUAUAUAUUUAUAUAUUUAAUUUAACUACUUUCAGGCAGCCUGACACAAAGCCUCGACUGGCUUUGGCAACUAGUCUGGUCAAGUUUUGGGCUAGCAUUUGGUAAGUAUGGCGUCACAUGCGAAAUGAAAGCAAAUUCCAUACUUCUCAUAUGAAAAAACGUUGAAAAAGAAAUAUAAGACACAGCCCAGGAGUCUAGGUUGAGUUUAGGAUAAACAUGUGUAAUAUGUUUAAAAUUCCAUGAUAUAACCUUCUAUAUGUAAAUAUUUGCUCAUUCUAAGAAGAAAUGUAAAAAAUCUUGGUUGAAAAGAGAAAACCGUCUUGAUAAUUGUGUUCACUGUAGAACGAGGAUGAAAGUUGAUAAGAGAUAAUGAAGGUUGAAACUUUCGCUCGUGUUUUCCCGCCAACUUUUCAACUUUGAGUUCGUUCAAAUUUUGAGUAGAGUUCAUGAGAGUUUUUGUUACGCUUGGUAAUAUCCAGUUAACUCUCAUCAGUGUUGAGCUGGUUCAAAUUUUGAGUAGAGUUCAUGAGAGUUUUUGUUGCGCUUGGUAAUAUCCAGUUAACUCUCAUCAGUGUUGAGCUGGUUCAAAUUUUGAGUAGAGUUCAUGAGAGUUUUUGUUGUGCUUGGUAGUAUCCAGUUAACUCUCAUUAGUGUUGAGCUGGUUCAAAUUUUGAGUAGAGUUCAUGAGAGUUUUUGUUACGCUUGGUAAUAUCCAGUUAACUCUCAUCAGUGUUGAGCUGGGUCAAAUUUUGAUGAAAGUUGAUGAGAGUUCUCGCUACGUGCUGUAAUAUCCAAUCAACUCUCAAGCAAUUGUUGUUCUCACUGCAGACUCUCACUGGCCAACUCUUAUCAAAUCUCAUCUUGUUUGACCAGGGUUUAUAAUCUUUUGUUUCUCAAGGCCGGACAUCAGAUUAUGAAGAGGUUGAAGUACCAUCAAAUGCACACCAGGCGUCUGGACACACUGAACUUAAUAAACGACCCGAUACCUCGAAAAGGGUGGCGACAGGCGAUGGUGAUUAUCAGGCAUUUUUAAAAGACGUUGACAUCAUUGACACAUACAUAAUACCGAUUCCAGAGGAACCACAACACGAAACAUCAGGUCAAAAUGAAACCUGUGAAGAGCCCAAAUUAUCGCCAGAAAAUCCUGUUUGUACUGAGCUUGAUGACAACAGAGUCCACGGCAGGAAUACAACGGGUGAUGGUACCCAUCAGAAACAAGUAAAGCGAGACUCGGAUUAUGUUAUUCCACCAGCCUACGAGAGAAGAGAGUCGUACGAAGACAUCUAAAUGGGAGGAAACUUACCGGACUACACGGAGCUGGAUCUAAGCAAACGCGAAACAUAAGUCUAAUCUUAGGCCAGUCCAAGGCUCGCAGAACUUUCAGCCCGUUGUAUUGAGUUAUUCAUUGUAUAAUCUGAGUUUCCCCUUCUGUGUCUGCGGUCCUGGUCCAGACUUCAGAUUUGACUACCGUUAGGGAGUGUUCAUUAUUUAUACCCGGGGUUGGUACCGAAGAGAAACUAAUCGAAAAGAGAAAAAAACAACCACCCACCCUUUCAAUCAACCAUUUUUUCCCCUACCCAACUAUUGCAUGACUUGGAUUUUUAUUUUACCCAACCCAAUUUCAAAAUUAUACAAGUAUUUUACUUAUCUACAUAUAUAUUAUUAUACAAGCUAG